GUUCAGGUCGCUAGGCUAUUGUAGAUAGCUGGCGGGUUUCCGUCUCCUUGUGGACACAUCGCUGCCGAGUCCCUGAACAUCUACAUUGGUAACCUACAGGCCAUUCCGGUCGGGGACUUCCUCAUCCUUGUGCGCUUUUAAUACAUACUUCCAAGGGAAGUUAUUUGCAAACCCGGGUUGGGCUGUCUGAGCCGCUCGUGGCCUGGUUUCUUCCCCUCCGCCCCCGACGCCGCAAAUAGUCGCGACAUUCUCCUUCCCCACACAACAUGAGAUUGGAUGUUAAGAGACAGCUCUUUGCUCGCUCGGAGCGAGUAAAGGGCAUUGACUUCCAUCCGACGGAGCCAUGGAUCCUGACGACCUUAUACAGCGGUCACGUAUACAUCUGGUCUUACGAGACUCAGUCAAUUAUUAAAACCUUCGAACUUACCGAUGUCCCUGUACGAGCUGGUCGGUUUAUUGCACGCAAAAACUGGAUUGUUUGCGGAUCAGACGACUUCCAACUCCGCGUAUACAACUACAACACUUCCGAGAAGAUUGCCUCGUUUGAGGCCCACCCAGACUAUAUUCGCUCGAUUGCUGUUCAUCCCACCCAGCCUUUCGUUCUUACCGCCUCCGAUGAUAUGACAAUCAAGCUCUGGGAUUGGGAGAAAGGUUGGAAGUGUGUCCAGGUGUACGAAGGUCACGCUCAUUAUGUGAUGGGACUGUCUAUUAAUCCCAAGGACACAAACACAUUCGCAUCUGCAUGUUUGGAUCGGACUGUCAAGAUCUGGAGUCUUGGUUCUCCACAUGCCAAUUUCACAUUGGAGGCCCACGAGACGAAGGGUGUUAACUAUGUCGACUACUAUCCACAAGCCGAUAAGCCGUAUCUUCUUACCACCUCAGAUGAUAAGACGGUUAAGGUCUGGGAUUACACCACAAAGGCGCUCAUUGCAACAUUGGAAGGACACACAAGUAAUGUUUCCUUCGCCUGCUAUCACCCGGAAUUACCAGUGAUCAUUUCGGGAUCUGAAGAUGGAACCAUCAAGAUCUGGCACGCAAACACAUACCGACUGGAACAAUCGUUAAGCUAUGGUCUUGAAAGAGCGUGGUGUGUUGCAUACCAGCGCGGUAGACAGGGUAUCGCAAUGGGUUUUGAUGAUGGUGCAGUGGUCGUUAAAAUGGGUCGCGAGGAACCUGCUGUCUCUAUGGACGGAUCGGGAAAGAUUGUCUGGGCAAGGCACAAUGAAGUGGUUUCCACAGUCAUCAAGGGUGGCGAUGCUACUGUCAAGGAUGGUGCACCAAUCUCCUUACCGACGAAGGAGCUGGGCUCAUGCGAGGUCUACCCACAGACCCUAUCACACUCGCCCAAUGGCCGUUUCGUUUCAGUAUGCGGCGAUGGUGAGUAUAUCAUCUACACUGCCCUUGCCUGGAGAAAUAAGGCAUUCGGACAAGCUCUCGAUUUCGCCUGGGGCUCGAAGGAUAACAGCAAUGACUAUGCUAUUCGCGAGUCAUCAACUAGUGUCAAGAUCUUCAGGAACUUCAAGGAAGUCAGUGGCGGCUUAGAUGUCGGCUUCCAAGCCGAAGGUCUCACUGAUGGUGUGCUUCUUGGUGUCAAAGGACAAGGAGGCAUUGGUAUGUUCGACUGGGAAACCGGCAAUCUAGUCCGUCGUAUUGAAGUCGAUCCGAAGGCCGUUUAUUGGUCUGAGUCUGGAGAGUUGGUGACCCUUGCCUGCGAGGACUCAUUCUACGUGCUCCGAUUCUCGAGGGAGAACUACAUCAACGGUCUCAAUGAGGGAGAAGCCGACGAGGAUGGUGUUGAGUCGGCUUUCGAAGUCGUCACUGAUGUCAAUGAGACUGUCAGGACAGGUCAAUGGGUUGGUGACUGCUUUAUCUACACCAAUUCGACGAACCGCUUGAACUACCUUGUUGGUGAUCAGACCUACACAAUCUCUCACUUUGAUCAGGGCAUGUAUGUCCUCGGCUACUUGCCUCGCGAUGGCAGGGUAUAUCUGGCUGAUAAGGAUGUCAACGUUGUUUCUUUUGGUCUCUCACUUAGCAUGGUCGAAUACCAAACCGUGGUUCUUCGUGGAGAUAUGGAUAUGGCAGCAGAGCUGCUAAAGGACAUCCCGCAGGACCAGAUCAACAAGGUUGCGCGGUUCCUCGAGGGCCAAGGCUACAAGGACAUGGCCCUUGAAGUCGCCACUGACCCGGAACAUCGUUUCGACCUUGCCCUUUCUCUCAACAAUCUCGACAUUGCCCUCGAAAUUGCUCGUGAAGCCAACGUCGAACACAAAUGGAAGACUGUUGGUGAUGCUGCCCUGGCAGGAUGGAAUCUGGAUCUGGCCCAGGAGUGCUUCACCAAUGCUAAGGAUGUUGGCUCCCUCCUGCUUUUGCACACCGCCAGCGGCAACAAGGAGGGUCUCCGUAACCUCGCAGAACAAGCCUCCGAGGCCGGCCUGCACAAUGUUGCCUUCUCUACCUUGUGGUCUCUCGGUGGUAUCGAUGCCUGCACAGACCUUCUUGUGCGGACCAACCGUCUCGCGGAAGCCGUUCUUUUCACACAGACCUACAAGCCAUCCCGGGCACCCGAGCUCGUCGUUCAGUGGAAGCAGUCGCUCGAGCAGUCUGGAAAGACAAAGAUCGCUCGCCUGAUCGGUGUCCCUCCUGGUGCUCCAGACGCUACCGCCGAUGACGACCUCUUCCCCGAAUGGGAUGAGUACCUCCGCCUGGAGAAGGAAGGCGUUGUCCCUGAGCCUCCUUCUUCAGAGUCCCUUAUCGACGUCAACGAUGACGAACCAGCCGAGUCAGCAGCCAACGGGGCGCCAGAGGUCGAAGCCGAAGCAUGAACGAAAAGGUGAAUAACGGUGGGGUGCAGAGAGAAGUUGGGUGUAUCUAUUACCUUAUUGUUUUAGAGUUAUUUGUGCUACCUAUUUUUUCCCCCUCUUCUUCCAUUUUGCCCGCUAUGACUUAAAUAUUAUUACGUCUCAUAUCCACCAUGGCCCUUUGUAAAGAUCGCGUUCAUUGUUCUUUAGAAAACGAGAUUACUAUCAGCAUUAUCCUGUGUUGCUCGCUGCUCGAGCCCUACCUGCUUCCAGUUAUAUUGAAUACUAAGGAUGAGGCGCUAUGCACCAUGGAGGGGAGAAGCAACAUCAUUACCCAUAAAUUAGCUCAAUUCAAAGGCCAAACUUGAUGUUUUCUAUCCUCCAGAACUAACAUGUUACAGACCUCCACUCACCGGCGUCGUGUAAUCGGCCCGUGGUGGUAUUUGUCUGGCGCCACUUCGGCCGCCGGCGUCCCUUUCUAUAAAUGGGGCGAAUAUCACACCAGAUGUGUUGUGUGUCAUGAGAAGGGCGGUAGUGUUGUUAUGAGUCAUAGUGUAGUUGUGUGGUGUGCAUUUUCAUAGAUGGUGGUCUGGAGAUAUUUUUGGCUUUAAUUUUUCUGGAUAUAUUAUGCUUGACGGGUGGGUGGGAUUAUUACGUAGUACUUCGAUCUAUGGAGAGAGUUGAUUUUCGGUAGCCGGUUUGGGCGUA